AUGGUAGUGGUGCGGGAGAACUGCCAGGGCCUUGCGGAGGCCAAGCGCGCGCUGCGGGGCCUCAAGCCUGGGGCUGGGGGCCCAGACUGGAAGGCGGAUGCCUUCGCCUACUACAGGAAGAAGCUGAAAGACGAGGGCCGGUGGCUGGCGCUGCCACAGCUCCGGGAGGCGGUGCAGAAGAGCUCUGAGGAGGCGCUGAAGGAGGGGUGCUAUUGCCUGCCCACAGACAAGAGGGCGCAGGUGCGGCUGCCACAGAAGCCCAACGUGUGCUGGGUCAGCAUGGAGAGCUGUGUGGAGCCGGAGCCCUGCCAGGGCCAAGCCCCGCCUCCGCUCGUCAUCUCCCACAAGACGCCGCUGGAAGCCGCAGGCGCACUGGCGAAGACGUUCAAGGGUCACCCAGUCAUCGUCACCAUGGAGGCCACCGACUUCAUCCGCUCCGAGGGGGAGCUGAACGGUCGCUUGCAAGAGGCCGAGGCGCGUAGCCGGGCCCAGCACGAGAUGUUCAGCUGCACCAACUUCGUCUUUUCCAGCCGUGCGGCGGCCUUGCUCUGUGCCAAGGCCAGGCAGUCGCCGCAGGAGCGGCUGAACUCUAGCCACGACCCCGCGAUCAUCGUGGCGGACGGCGUCGUGCUCUUUCGAGGUCCAGGAGACGAUGGCUACCCCUUCCUCACGCAGGAGGAGCAAGUGUCGCUGCAGGUCCUCGUGGCGGGGCGCGCGCUCAAGCGUCCUUGGUUGCAGAAGGGCGAGCACUUUCUGAACCAAGACGACUUCCUGGCCUUCUCGCACCGCCUGAACCUCAUGACCUUCCAGGCCCUCGAGGACGCCCCGGGGGACCGGAAGCCGGUGCUGGUCCUGGCCGCGGCCGGCCUCGCGGACGCCGAACACCGGCAGCCGCGCGCCGGCAUCGCCCAGGCGCUGAAGACCUGGCGCUCCAUGUGGUCCGGGUACUUCGAGGCGGUGGUUGUGGCCUGCGGUGAUGCAUCCACCGCCACCAUCAUCGACCGCGCGGUGAACACCGAUAUCUAUAUGAAGGUCUUGCAGAACUUGCCGGUCUUGCCGAGCGGGCGCGAGUGGCACUGGAACGUUGAGUGCAUGCAGCUCUCCUACAACGCGGUCUUCAGCAACAUCGGGAGGCGCAUGCAAGCCAUGCGAGAGGUGGUGCCGGGCAGCGCGCUGAAGAGCUCCGACAGCGGGCGCCCGGAGAAGAAGCUGGGCCGCCGGGCCUCCGGGGCCGGGCUCAUGUUCCUCACCGAGGCGAUGUCGGAGAACCAGCGCCCGGCGGGGGCGGUGCUCUCCAACUCCGCGUCGCGGGCCUCCUUGGUGGCGGACGACAAGAGCGACAUGGAGUCUACCGGCGGUGCACGGAAUUUUGGUAGGUCGCUGACCACGCGCACGGAUGUGAUGGACCGCUCAUUGAGCUCCGCAAACAUCUCUGUGACGAUGGGCUCUAUGCAGACCACUGGCGGGCACAGCCGCGGCGGGCGCAGGGCCUCCUUGGCGGUGGGCAAGGACGGCUUGCCGGAGGACAGCCGCGCGCUCAUGGAGCGCCACGCGAAGCUGCGGCUGGAGGCCACGGACCAUGAGCAAGAGCUCAAGGACCAAGAGGACAAGAAGAACCAGCAAAAGGUGGCCGAGAUCCUGGCCAAGGCGUGGGGAGUGGGCGGCAAGCGGCUGUCAGGCAUGAUGACCAAGAUACAGACUGGAAAAGAGGAGGACACGGGGAAGAAGGGGAAGCUCGGGCGGCUGAACGACAAGGCUGCCAAAGAGCAGAAGGAGGAAUCCAAGCAGCGCUUGGAGACCAUGACGUUGGACAAGAAGCGCCAAAUCGAUUCCGCCGCCGCGAUCCUGGGGUGCCCCGGGGACCGGGGGGCGAGCGUUCGGAUGUGA